AUGUUACAAACUACAAAUAUGCAGAGCAGGAGGGAUUUUGAGAGGCUGGGAUGCAUCAUUUUCCUUCCGCUCUCAAUCACAGCCUGUUUGGGAGAUCAGUUAUCGGAAUCCCAAUAUUUGUUCAAUUUCAUUAAAUCCAUUGAUCCACAAAAUGUGCUCGGAAUUGACUGGAAUAUUGGGUUGGAGCAUCAUCCCUGCUUGCAUAAGUUGAAGGGUGUAAAGUGCAACUCAAGGGCUACCACCAUUGAAGAAAUCAGGCUUGAGAAUCAUAACCUUAGUGGCAUCAUUGAUGCAGAUCCCCUUUGCAAGCUCCGAAAUCUGCGAGUUCUUAGCUUAGCAAAGAAUCACAUCAGAGGAACUAUUCCUGACUCAGUAUCGUAUUGCUCAAGGCUGACUUAUUUAAAUCUAAGCAACAAUCUUCUAAGUGGAACGAUACCUCUGGCUCUAAAUAGAUUAAAAUAUCUCAGGAGCCUGGACAUCUCCAACAAUCUUCUGACUGGAAGGUUGCCUAUGGAUCUAACUAAACUGAAAUACCUUCAGAGCUCGAGCAUCUCUAACAAUCAUCUUACCAAGCAGGAACUCAAGAACCUCCAUACAUAUUCCUUAUUAUCAAGUACAUCACAGAAGGAAGCCAGGGUAGAGGCAUUGGAACCAACGUACCCACCUACGGAGAGCUCUAAUGGCCAGUGGUAUGGGAACUGGAAAGUCUGGAUAGCUCUAGUUCUGGGCAUUGGAAUCUUUGUUUCGGUGAUCGCAUGGAUACUGAGAAAGAAGGACGCAGACUUAACCGGAAAGAUGGAGAUUCUGAAGGUACUUAAGGAUCCUUCUCAUAAAACACCUCCAGCCAUGGCCAGAGAGGAAGUUAAGCCAAUCGAAAGACGCUCAGAGCUUGUGUUCUUUAUUGAAGAGCAGGAAAGGUUCCAAUUGGAGGACCUCCUUGAAGCCACAGCUGACUUGCGAAAGGAGUGUUGA